AAAUGCCCAAAUCCCGAAUUGACAACAGUUUGGAAACAAAGGACGACGAGAAGCCGGAAAUGAUGGACGAAGUUGAUAUGGCGAUGGACAAGCUGGUGGCGAUGAUGGAUGCUAUGGAGCCGGAGAUGGAGAUGAAGCCAGAGAUGGAAAUGAAGCCUGAAAUGGACAUGAUGCCAGAGAUGGAAAUGAAGCCUGAGAUGGACAUGAUGCCAGAGAUGGAGAUGAAGCCAGAGAUGGACAUGAUGCCAGAAAUGGGAAUGAAGCCUGAAAUGGACAUGAUGCCAGAAAUGGACAUGAAGCCAGAGAUGGAAAUGAAGCCUGAGAUGGACAUGAUGCCAGAGAUGGAAAUGAAGCCUGAGAUGGACAUGAUGCCAGAGAUGGAGAUGAAGCCAGAGAUGGACAUGAUGCCAGAAAUGGGAAUGAAGCCUGAAAUGGACAUGAUGCCAGAAAUGGGAAUGAAGCCAGAGAUGGAAAUGAAGCCAGAUAUGGACAUGAUGCCAGAAAUGGGAAUGAAGCCUGAGAUGGACAUGAUGCCAGAGAUGGAGAUGAUGCCAGGAAUGGGAAUGAAGCCUGAGAUGGACAUGAUGCCAGAGAUGGAGAUGAUGCCAGGAAUGGGAAUGAAGCCUGAGAUGGAGAUGAAGCCAGAGAUGGACAUGAUGCCAGAGAUGGAGAUGAUGCCAGGAAUGGGAAUGAAGCCUGAGAUGGAGAUGAAGCCAGAGAUGGACAUGAUGCCAGAGAUGGAGAUGAAGCCAGAAAUGGACAUGAUGCCAGAAAUGGGAAUGAAGCCGGAGAUCGAGAUGUUGAUGUCAGGAAUGAUGAUGAAGCCGGAGAUGGAGAUGAUGCCAGAAACUCAAAUGAAAUCGGAAGGCAUGGAAACGAAGCCAGAGAUGGAAAUGACAGAAGUAAUGACCAUGACGCCAGAGAUGGAGAUGAUGAUGGCCGAGAUGGAAGCCAAAGCCGAGACGACGAUGAUGCCGCCAAUGAUGAGCGAAAUGAACGAAAUGAGCGAAAUGACAAAGAUGGACAUGGCAACAGAAAUGAAAAAGGACAUGAUGCACGACAUGGCCGAAACCGAAGAACCGGCAGCCGAGCCCGAACCCGAACCGACGCCCGAACCCGAACCCGAGCCCACCCUCGCCGAGGAGAAGAGCGAGAUGCUGGACGAGGAUGUUGAAACGACCACCGUCUUGGGCGUGGACGGCGAAACCGAUACUAUGCAUGAAAAUAAUGACGUCCUAGUCGAGGCCAGUGACGUCAUGUCCGACCCCACGACGAUGGCGCCCGAAGAGGAGGUGGAACGGGAUACGGCGACGGAGAGUUUUCUAGCAACCGAGGAGAAUGAAGCUCUUUAGUUCCGGAAAAAAAAACACUCUUUCAGGGCAAGACGGAAGGGAAAGGUGUUGGGGGGGGGGGGGAGUAGGUGUAUGACUUUCACGCACUACCUAGGCCUAUCGUGUCUCUUGAAGGCCCUUUAGUCACAAUGUGGGUGGAUAUUUUCGUCAGGGUCUCAUGUGUUUUAGUGAUAUUAAAACAUGCAGACUGUAAGAUAUCGUGAAAUUUCAUUCGGUGGGUAGUACAAAGUAAGGUGGUCUUGUCUGUGGGGUUAAGGGAUGAUGAGUAUAAAUGUGUUGAUUUUUCUCAACCUCUUGUAAGUUGCACUAUUCCCUUCAAACUUCAUAUGAUGAAUACCUGAUACCGUGCUGAUUAUUUAUGGAUUUUUUUUUUUUCUUACUAAAUAGGUUUUCUUUUCACGAUAUAGGGCUUUAUCACAGGGUCUUAUUUUAUGUAUACACAAAGCUUGAUGUAAAACGCGUUUAGUAUAAAAUUUCUGUUAUUAGUAGGACAACCGAAGACAAAGGGUUAUGAUUGAGAGAGAGAGAGAGAGAGGGAGAGAGAGAGAGAGAGAGAGAGAGAGAGAGAAAGAGAAGAGAGAGAGAGAGAGAGAGAGAGAGAGAGAGAGAGAGAGAGAGAGAGAGAGAGAGGGAAGAAGAGAGAAAGAGAAAGAAAGGGAGAUAAUACUCUUGCAUGUCAAGGUUCUUCCCAGAUUGACAUUGGCUUUUGGGCAAGAACUUCCCAUUUCAUUUUUUAUUUUUAUCAGUAUGCUUUAUACUCUACAUGCUUACAUAUUUUUUUAUAACACCUCCGUACGUUAUGCCCCCUUAUACAGUAUUUUAAGUAUGUUAUUACCUAAGAUUUUCUAAUAAAAAAGAAAGAAAAUAA